AUGGCUCCUAAGAAAACGAAGGAACAUUCAAAUGAUUUACGACAAACCGUUAUUAAACACUUCUUAAAUGGCGAUACUGAACGUGAUAUAGUUACCAAAGUGCUCAUUCCACGUACUUCAAGUCAUUACAUCAUUGCAAAGUACAAAUCAACGAAGUGUAUUGGAAAUAUCAUUGGCAGAGGUCGAAAACGGAAAACGACAAUUCAUACAGAUCGUCUAAUUCAACGCAAAAUCAAAGAAAAUCGUCGUAUAUCAUCAUUAUCUGUGAAAGUUGAACUUCCAAACGAUCUUAAUAUUAACAUUUCAGAAACAACAAUUCGUCGACGAGCUCAUGAAGGUGGUUUAUUUGGUCGAAUGGCUCGUAAAAAACCAUAUGUAAAUAAAGUAAAUCGAGGAAAACGACUUGAAUUUGCAAGAACAUACCGAGAAAAGUCUCUUGGGUUGUGGAAUCACGUAAUUUGGUCGGAUGAAAGCAAAUUUAAUGUGUUUGGAUCAGAUGGGAAGGUGAUGGUUUGGCGAACAACAAAGGAAGAGCUCGAUCCAAAAUGUACGGUCCCGACUGUAAAACAUGGUGAUGGUAAUGUCAAGUGUUGGGGAUGUUUCUCAUCAUCUGGUGUUGGCAAUCUGGUUUUUAUUGAUGGAAAUAUGACAGGAGAGAUGUAUCGAGACAUUCUGCAAAAGAAUUUGUUGCAAUCUGUAGAGAAUUUGAACAUGGAUAAAGAUUGGGUUUUUCAACAUGAUAAUGAUCCAAAACAUAGAGCUGCUAUUGUAACGAAUUGGUUGAAUCGAGAGCAUAUUGAAUGUCUAAAAUUGCCUUCUUUUUCACCUGACAUGAAUCCUAUUGAACAUUUAUGGGACGAAGUAGAACGAAGAAUGAAAAAAGAACAACCAAAAAAUGAAAAAGAACUCAAAGAGGCUUUAAGUCGAGUAUGGAAUGGAAUUGAGCAAGGAGUUUUGAAAAAAUUGGUUGACUCAGUGCCGAAUCGUGUAAAUGAGGUUCUUCGUACAAACGGCUAUCCAACAAGAUACUGA